GAUGCAGCAGGCGCCACUGUGUCGCAGGAAUUCACGGUGAGCACGGUGCCGGCACUGGGCUCGUUGGAGGGCCGGCCUGUGCGGGCGGAAUGGGUGCUCGACGUGCAACAACGAGCGGGCUCGACGGGGACGGGUUUCGUGCGCGACUGGUGGCUCGACUUUGCCUCUGACAACUGCCUCCAUUUCCAAGGU